AUGACUAUACUAGUGGUACGAGGCUACAGUGCCGUCUCGAAAGACGCGGCAUGUGCCCUAGUAGGAAGUGUGCCUUGGGAUUUAGAGGCCUCAUCCUUGGCUGAAGUUUACUGGCGCUGCCAAUCUGCACGAGAUGAGGGCAACGUCCCACCGUUUGAUGUCGUUCAACGGUGGCGAAAUUCGGAACAUGAUCGAGCACUUGAUUUGUGGUUAGAGCAGCUCGAGCAACCACGAGUGAGCAUCGACCUAUUGACGGCUUUACGCCCUGUUCUAAAAGAAUGGGUGCGUAGAAAGAGCGGUGCUCUAACGUUCCGCCUCACACAGAUAUUGACUGGACAUGGAUGUUUUGGUCGGUACCUGUGUGAGGUCGUAAAACGGGAGGAGACAUCGGCCUGUCACCAUUGCAACGAGAUAUGUGACACGGCACAACACACAAUAUCGACAUUCCCUGCAUGGGACAAUCAACGAUCUGAAAUGAAAAAUAUUAUCGGACAGGAUACUACACUCCCAGUACUAGUGUAUGCUAUGCUGGAGAGCCAAGACAAAUGGCGGGCGGUGGAGCACUUUGCGGAUGAAGUGAUAUCCACCAAAGAAGAGGCCGAGCGCGCGAGGGAAAGGGCGGCGCGCCUCGGUUCUCUUCGCUCGAGAAGGCCUAGGCGAAGACGGGCGAUCAAUCACGACGAUCCCAAUGUCCCGCCUUAG